AUGGGGGGGAAGCGCUUCUGCCUCGGCGUCCUGACCGUCGCCGUCCUGCUCCUGGCCGCCGCCUCGCAGGGUACGGAGCCGCCGCCGAGCUGCGAGGCUGUCCGGAAAGUUUUCCAGCUGCGGCGGCUCGGCCCGCUCGGCAGCGUCCCGGAGUUCCCGCGGGCAGGUGUUGAUCUCCAGGUUUGUACUUCUAAAAAUCCAACAUGCUGUACCAAAAAGAUGGAAGAAAGGUAUCAGAUUGCAGCAAAGCAAGAUAUACAGCAAUUGCUUCAAACAUCAAGUGCUACAUUAAAAUUUUUAAUAUCUCGUAAUGCAGCUGCUUUUCAAGAAACCUUUGAAAUGCUCAUCAGACUGGCUGAGAAUUACACCAGCACACUUUUCUGCAAUGCUUACAGAAACAUGGCUGCUGAGGCUGCUGUGCACGUGCAGGAGUUUUUCACAGAUGUUGGGCUCUUCUUAUUUGGCACAGACGCCAGCACAGAGGAAUUUGUGAACAGAUUUUUUGACACCCUGUUUCCAGUAGUCUACAACCAUGUAAUUAACCCUGGUCCGACUGACAUCUCCUUGGAGUACGCGGAGUGCCUCCGAGCGGCGAGAAGAGACCUCAGGCCCUUUGGCAACGUUCCCAAAAAGGCCGUAGGACAGAUGGGAAGAUCACUCUUACCCAGCCGGACUUUCCUGCAGGCUCUGAAUUUGGGGGUUGAACUGAUCAAUGCGACAGAUCACCUGCACUUCUCCAGAGACUGCAGCAGAGCUUUGCUGAGAAUGCAGUACUGCCCCCACUGCCAGGGGCUGAUGCUGAGCAAGCCCUGCCUGGGCUACUGCCUCAGCAUCAUCCGGGGCUGCCUGGCUGCCCUAGCAGAAGUUGAUCUCCACUGGCAGAAGUACAUCCAGGCCCUGGAGGAGCUCUCAGGAGCCCUGAGUGGAGCACAUGGCAUCGAGCACGUGCUGCUGAACUUCCAUUCCCUUGUCCACGACGCUCUGGUACAGGCUCGGAUCAAUGGGCCAGAGUUAUCUGAGCAGGUGAAUAAGGUAUGUGGUCCUCCUGUAAGGAAGCCUAAACAGUCUCCAGGUUGCUCCUUUGAUCAGAACAAAGAUAAUCGAGGCUUGAAGAUGUUCUCCAGAGACAGUGAACAAACACUCACCAACAGAAGAAAUGCAGAAGGAAACAGAAAUGAGAGAAUUGCAGGGAAUAAUUGCUCACUCCUGAUGUCUGGAGAAGAAAAGGUGCCUCUGAGCUUCAAAGGCACACCAUUCUUCUCAGUGGAGUUUGUCGGGCACCUGCGGCUGUACAGAGCCUUUUACGGCAGCCUGGCGGAUCAGCUGUGCGGGAAGGAGCUGGCAGCUGCCCAUGGGCUCCCCUGCUGGGAUGGAGAAGAUCUUGUAAGAAGCUAUACGCACCGAGUGGUUGGCAGUGGAAUCAAAGCUCAGUCUGCAAAUCCAGAAGUAAAAGUGAAAGGAACAGAUCCUGUAAUAAGUCAAAUUAUUGACAAGCUGAAACAUGUUAUUCAGCUGUUGCAGGGCAAAUCAUUUCCAAAACCUGACAAAUGGGAUCUCCAACAAACAGGAAGUGGUGGAGGUGUAGAUGAACAAAUCAGUGGUGAUUGUGAUGAUGAAGAUGGUUGUGGAGGAUCUGGAAGUGGAGAAUUCAAAAGAGUCCUGAAAAUUACAGAUCCAGGGAUGCCAGACAAGACGAACCUCAGUGACGUAAAGCAAAUCCAUCAAACCCACGAUGGCAGCACUUUAGACACAACUGGAGCAGGAUGUACAGCAAUGGCCGAUGACAUGACAUUUAUGCUGAUUAGUUUGGAAUCCGUCCACUAUCCCCAUGUCUCUCUUGUCAUUGUCCUUGAGAAAUCAGACCUGAAUAUAACACUGUAG